AUGGCAUCAUUGAAGGCCCAGACACUGUUCGAGGUUACCUCAAUCGUAGCUGUAAUUACAGGGGGUGGCACAGGCAUUGGUGCCCAUAUGGCUAGAGCUCUUGCUUCGAACGGUGCCCACAAAGUAUACAUCACCGGCCGCCGGCUUGAAGUCCUCGAGGAGACUGCGGCCCCAUUCGAGGAUAUCAUCAUACCUCUUCAAGGCGAUGUCAGCAAUAAAGACUCUCUCAAGCAAAUGGCAGAGCAAGUCCGCUCCGAAGUCGGCUAUAUCAAUCUUCUGGUCGCCAACGCUGGGAUGCUAGGACCAUGUCCACGGGUCGAUACGUCUACAGUAAGCAUAGCAGAAUAUGCGAAGGUGCAACUUGACAUACCUAUGGAGGUGUUCACCGACGUUUUGCACGUUAACACUACUGGCUCGUACUAUACAGCGCUCGCAUUCCUGGAGUUGCUUGACGCAGGUAACAAGAAAGGCAACAUGGGCUACCAGUGUCCGAGUCAGAUAGUAUUAACAGCGAGUAUCUUCUCCUUCAUGCGUGCCGGUGCUAUGGCCUUGGUCAAGAGCAUGUCUACACAGUAUAUUCCAUAUGACAUCCGUGUGAAUGCGCUGGCCCCUGGAUUUUUCGAGAGUGCCAUGACCGAAAAUCGGCUGCAGACAGUCAGAAUUCCACAAGCAUCUACAGGCCGUGAGUACAAAAAGUCGUUCAUACCUCAGCAGCGCACAGGAACGGAGGAGGACAUAGCUGGUGCUAUCCUGUAUCUUGCGUCUCGAGCGGGAGGAUAUGUUAGCGGGAGCGUUAUGAUGCUCGAUGGGGGUUGUAUCAGUACGACACCCGCAAGCUAUUAA